AUGAAUCGUUACAAGCAGCGAAUGCAGGACCUUUUCGACGGUGACCUGGGCAUCGACGCUGAAUACCAUCAAGACUAUCGUGGAACUACAUAUCCAUCCUUCACUCAGAUCGGCUUUAUACUCCCGCUCAUACUCUGCCUCAUCCCCGUCAUCUACCAUAUUCUUCACAUCCUCGAUUACGAUCUUCUACCUCUCCCUGAGCUAGUCUGGAACUACGUUGUUUAUCUCACACCCUCACGACUCCUUGAUGCCAUCGAAACCUACACGAACCCGCUCCGAAUUCCGAAUCCCACAUCAAGGCACAUACCCCGGACUCAUGCCGCAAAAAGCGAGGCCAUGCGGCGCAUAUUGGGGCUGGACAAACCGGGUGGGAUUAUAGGGUCAGUGGCGCAAGCGUCAAGGAGGCGAUUAUCCUCUUUGCCAGGUAUUAGCGUGACAUCUUCUGGAGCUGACGGCCGGCCUGCGGGACUGGGAAACUGGGAUAAUUCAUGUUAUCAAAACAGUGUGCUCCAGGGGCUGGCGUCACUGGAUUCUCUCUCACGUUAUCUUACCAAUCCCAGUAUUGACGUACGGAUUGUUAAGGGAAAGGAGAAGCCAGAGAUGAAGAUGGCGGAAGCGCUGAAGGAGCUCAUUGCCACGCUAAACGACCCGCAGAAUAACGGAAGAAAAAUAUGGACUCCUGCAGCCCUGAAGAAUAUGAGUAGUUGGCAGCAGCAGGAUGCUCAGGAGUACUUUUCGAAGGUCCUGGAUGAGAUUGAUAAGGAGGUUGGCAAGGCUGCAAAGUUAGUGCGGAGGUCUCAGGGAUUUGGAGUUGAGGGAACCGGAUCCUCAACCCAGUCGCAGCAGCCUUUGUCGAUAUAUCGGAAUCCACUAGAAGGGUUAAUUGCUCAACGAGUUGGGUGCACGAAAUGCGGCUAUUCUGAGGGAUUUUCCAUGAUCCCUUUUAAUUGUUUAACUGUGCCUCUAGGUAAGUCAUGGGGCCAAGAUAUAACCGAAUGUCUAGACGAGUACACGAAGCUGGAGAACAUCGAAGGCGUCGAAUGUGGGAAAUGUACGCUGUUGAAGUCUCAAAGAUUACUUUCUACGAUCCUAGACCGCACCAAGGACUCACCAGAUGGCAACCAUAUACAUCGCCAAAGCACCGAGAGACUAGAAGCCGUCAACUCCGCCUUAGAGGAAGAUAAUUAUGACGACAAGACUCUUCUUCAUAAGUGCAAAAUCCCUCCCAAAAGUCGAGUCUCUGCAACCAAAACCCGUCAAGCGGUCAUAGCACGCCCUCCUAGAUCCCUUGUGGCACACUUUAAUCGCAGUUUGUUUGAUGAACAGACUGGCGAGUUACGAAAAAACCAUUCUGAAGUCCGAUUUCCGAAGUUCCUCGAUCUUGGCUCCUGGUCUCUCGGGAGCCUGGGCAGCGGGGAUGAGGCUGGAAUGGAAGAAUGGCUGCUCAAUCCCGAGAAACCUAUGAUUGCCAGCAGUAGUCGACCAUCAAGAAUAAAGGGUCCGAUAUAUGAACUCAGGGCUGUCGUGACUCACUACGGGCGCCAUGAAAAUGGGCAUUACAUAUGUUACAGGAAGCAUCCCCCAGCUACUGAUUCUCGGGAUCCAGAAAAGAAAGGGCAGUGGUGGCGUUUGAGCGAUGACGACGUAAUGAAGGUCAGCGAGGAUAAUGUCUUGGGUCAAGGGGGUGUGUUUAUGUUAUUUUACGAUUGCAUCGAACCAGCAACCCCACUAUCAGCCAAGACAGCUCCUCUUCAAUCCGCCCCUUCUGUGCAGCUCCAAUCCACUGUCCCAGCCGAACCUGUUCCACCUGAGCCCUUACGCGUGUUAGAACAAUCGAAUCCGGAAGAUAUAGCUCUCGCGAUCAACACACCAAUCCCGGAAGUUGACGACACCGAUUUCUCUUCAAUUUCGGAUCAAAAUACCAUAGACCGCGAAGGAAGUGCCACAACUGCAACCAGCGUCUCUGACUUUAAAGACGAGGAAAUUCAUGAGGGUGACAAGGACGAUUAUGAUCUGCCUCAGCCGAUUAUCGUCCCACCAUAUAUUCAGCAAACCGGUGGGAAGAAACAGAAUGAGGGCGUUUUACCAGGCUCGACAGGGAGCUUGCUGAUGGUUUAA